CGUCUCUCAGUUCCUAUACUAAAGAUCUCCCAGGACACAUCUCUGAAGAUGAUGGUGUGGUCAAGUGUGGCUGUGACGGCUGCGCUGCUGGUGACGGUGGUGGCAGGAGAGGCACACAGACCGGUCUCCCUCGCUCGUUACAGGAGUCACAGUACACUCUACCCGAGGCCCAUCAAUGGUUUCACCACGACAGUGCACCAGCUACAAGAAGUGAUCACCUCGACUAAAUUCAUCCCACAGUACAUCACCAAAACCUUCCUAGAGACGACGACAGAGCACAUCACUCACUACAAACACACCAUAACGGAGCACGAAACCCACUUCAAGUACACCAAGACCCAGUACGAACCGUCACACGUCACCCACCUGCAGGAGUCCACUAUAACCGAAACUCACUAUAGGGAGACUGUGUGUAAUGGUUACUAUGGGAGAGGAGAACCGACCCGCCACCAUCUUACUGUCACCGUCACUGAGAAGUAUGAGAGUACAAAGACCAUGUGUCCUGCAAAUGGUUGGUAAGUGGUGAUACUGACGAAGGCGAUGCUGGGGAUGUUGAUUUAAUUGGUUCCUCCCGCCCUUCAGAGGGUCUCAAAUAUUUAUGGGUAUUUUUUUUUUUUAGUUUUUAAUUAAGGGAGAUUUAGAGUAGCUGUGGAAUUAUAGGUAAAACUGCUACUACUACUACUACUACUAUUACUGCUACUACUACUACUACGUCUUUCUUUAGACUAGAGAAAAAACACGACUAUUUGAGGAUCUAUAAAUUUUACAAACCACUUAUAUGUUUUUGUUAACUAAUCCAUUAUUUCUGGUUGUUGUCACUAGUAUGUGUUUUGUUUACUAUUUGCUGUACCCAUAAAUGUCCACUUAAUCCCUACCUCAUGUUCAUUGGUCACUUUAUUGUACACUUAACAUAAUUCCCUCAACACUUGGUAGUAUUUGGCAUUGAAGUAUCGUUGAGAAUUAUAGUGUGAGGAAGAUUAGAAUUUUUAAUGUAUAUUCAGGAAUUUCUUUAUAUUAUAGAGUUUUUUUUGUAUUCUUAACCUACUCAUCAUUCCAACCAGUGUAAUUAUCGUCGAAUAAAUUUACUGUACACCGAUGUAUUUGCAUGGUGAAUAAACAUGAAUAAAUUACUAUAUACAUAUAAA